GGCAAAUAGAAGCUUGCAGUUGAACAGUGCACAGGCAUUUCUUUCCAGAAGGCAGGAAGCAAUGCUCGGUCAACUGACGGGCGAGCCAGCAAACCGACAAGAAAUCAGGACAUACUCUCAUAGCACUAACAGACGGUAACACCACCUGUGGGUCUCCUGAAGCCCACUUUUUGUCUCCUGAGUGUAAUUGCUGCUGCAUGCACAUUCAAUCUCCUCUACCGCUGGCAGCAAAGACUUGCAGAUGCUCUCAACUCCAGGUGUACUUUUCAACACUGCAUCUGCCUUGACGCUCACUCCGGAGCUGUACCCAAAAGCAGGAGGAUGCUUAUGAUUUAUUGACAAGGCUACAAGUGGUUUGAGUUUGAGCUGCUGGUGGACGAGGAAGGGUUUUUUCCUGUGUGGCGAGCUGUGGCAUCUUCAGAAUGUUGUCUAUUUUUGUGGCAUGUUUGGUAUUUGUCCUGCUGGGCUCAGGGAAAGCCCAGGAUGCCACACAGACUCAGGGACAGAGACAAAAUCGGGGCCAGGGGCAGGAAGCUUCUGCCACUCCUUGGAGGCAGAUGAUUCAGUGGGAGAACAAUGGUCGGGUAUUUAGCCUGCUUAACAGUGGAGCUGAGUAUGUCCCCGCUGGGGCAGGGGCCCGGGACAGAGGUUCCAGGGUGGUAGUGGCAGAUUCUCGUUCACGCUCCUCUCGUAGACCCCAAGGUGGAAAUGUCCGCCGACAGGCUCCAUCAAGAGGAUCCUCUGAGACUGUCCGGGGGCAGGCAAGGCAUCCUUUUGGCUUCGGACAAGUGCCUGAAAACUGGAGACAAAGCGCUGGUAGCACAGGAGGAGGCCAGUUCCAAGGAUCGUCUAACACUCACUUCAGGCCAUCCACAGGCUCUUCAUCCUCAUCAUCCUUUUCUUCUUCUUCUUCUUAUAAUGUACCAUCCUACCAACAGAACCCAUUUCCUCAACAGCCUCCCUUUCAACCAGUACCUUAUGACCCUAGUUUUGUUGAAGGACCUGUCAGGAGCUAUGAGCCACCUUUCCAGCCUGUUGUAGGUGGAGGAUAUGGUGGUGGAGGAUACGGUGCUGGACAGGGGUACACUGGGGGAGGGUAUGUCGGGGGUAUUGCCCCAGUGCUCCCAGGCUCUCCCUCUGAUUUUAUAGACGAUAGCUACCGCUACUACCAGUCAUAUGGCUAUGCGCAGAAUCCUGUGGUUCCUGCACGUGCUGCCCAGCCACAGCUUGCAGAUGGUCUGGACCACAGAUACACUCACAGUCUCUUCAACGGGGACUCUGGUCCGGUUGCCCCUGCUCCAGACCCCAAUCAGGCCACCCCUGUGAUAGUGGACAGGACAGGACUAGCUGCUCAACCACAAGUCAGGAGCCCUCAGUAUGAGCAAUUCCCCCCAUUUGGAAGACCCCAGCCUCCAUUUCUGCAGCCCAUCCCUCCAGUUAGAAAUUCUCCAAACUCUCCCAAUGAGAACCCCAUUACGAAUGUUGGGAGUGUGUACAGACCAGAACAGAGAGGGUUACCUGACCUGGUUCCUGAUCCCAACUAUGUCCAAGCAUCCACAUAUAUCCAAAGAGCCCACAUGUAUUCUCUCCGCUGUGCUGCUGAAGAAAAAUGUCUCUCAAGCUCAGCCUAUAGCCCCGAGACCACUGACUAUGAUGUAAGGGUCCUGCUGAGAUUUCCACAGAGGGUGAAGAACAAGGGGACUGCUGACUUCAUGCCUAACAGGCCGCGUCAUACGUGGGAGUGGCACAGCUGUCAUCAGCACUACCACAGUAUGGAUGAGUUCAGCCAUUAUGAUUUGAUCGAGGUCAGCACUGGGCGGAAAGUGGCAGAGGGACACAAGGCUAGCUUCUGUUUGGAGGACACCACCUGUGACUUUGGUCAUCUGAAGCGCUACGCCUGCACUGCUCACACUCAGGGUCUCAGUCCAGGCUGCUACGAUACAUACAAUGCUGAUAUUGACUGCCAGUGGAUCGAUAUCACAGACAUCCAGCCUGGAAACUACAUACUAAAGCUCCAGGUUAAUCCAAAGUUCUUGGUGCUUGAAUCAGACUUUACCAACAAUGUGGUCAGGUGUAAUAUACACUACACUGGACGAUUUGUUACAACAACCAACUGCAAGAUAGCACAGUCAUGAUCAGGAACUGGAAAGCUGCCACGCUAGAGUGACCCUCAUUGCUAUUCCAUUAAAAUGUGAAUGGAAUCCAUUUGUUGCUUUGUUGUAAGCUCAUUGUCAGUGAUGUUUGUCUCUACUAUUUUGCGCUGACUCUGUAUACUGGGUCCAUGACAAACAAUGGCUCCACUGGCACUGAAGAGAAAGAGGGUUUGAAUUUGACACACACACUCUUUUGCACAAUACAUAUUGCAAGUUGAAAUCCCAGCCAUGUCAUCCCAUCCCUGCAAUCUAAUUUACAACGUCUUACCCACUUCAUUUCUCAUAUUCUAACUCCACCUGUCAAGUUAGGUUAAUGUUAGCACAUGUCAUUGACUUUUUUGACAUUUACUGUAUCUGCAAAAAAACAAAACAAUACAUCUAUGCACACCCCUGGCAGAGUGGCUCAGCUUGAACUAUAAAUAAAGCAUGAAGUGGCAGCGUUGAGUUGAAAGAAGUUGUUCCAGACAAGUCAGGGUUCAGCUGCAAUCCAACAACUAAAAUUAGGGGACAGACUCUUUGCAGGUGCAUUCAUCCAUACAGUGUGGGGACACACACAGAUGCCCGGUGACUCAGAAGAACUAUCAAACGUGUUAGAUUUCGUUUAGUUUUUCUUCACUGCCUCAGCAGGUCAGGCCGGGGUACUGUGCUUCCCUGGACACAUCUUUGUGUAAUGUUAAAUUAACGGCAAAAAAAAGGAAGACAGCAGGUCGUAUUUGUAUUUGUCAAUGUCAACAAAUUAAAUGUCAACAAAGAGACAAGAUGACUGCUCUUUUGAAGAAUGCAUUUAUAUUUUCUUGCUUGUCCCAUUUGUCUCUUUUUCUAAUUUCAGUCAAUUCAUAACAGCUAUACUGGCAGAAAGGCUGCUAACCUGAAACGACCCACAAUUCACUGUAUGUGUCUGUUGUCCCCUGGCCCUUUUUUUUGUCUGACUACCAACACUGGUCACAUGGUACAUGUAAACCUUUUGAAGAAUGUAUAAACACAUAUUGAUGCAUGACCUUAAAGUUGUUCUUUUUUGUAACUGAUUGUACUUUCUUUAUCCAGAUUGACUCUUACUGUUACUUGUGAAGCUCAAUGAUUUUAUAUAAAUAUAUAUAUUCAGAAUAUGUUAACUUGAAAUCAAAUGAUGGACUGAAUUCAAAAAGGAAUUAGCAUCACAAUGCAGAGCCUCAGAAAGCUGUCUUUACCUACCUCUCCUAUGAGCUGUUGUUUCUUAUGAGCUGUUUGGUUUCUAGAAGAACUCCUUCACUAGUUCACUGUGGACUCCUCUCACUCAGAGGCAGGGCACAGCUUAAACCUGCAAAUUUCUUAAAUUAGUAAAAAAAAAAAAAUUUUAAAAAGCACAGGGUAAGGGAAGCAAAGCAAAGACAUUUAACUCAUUUCAGUUUUAGCAGAUUUCAGUCUUGGUUGAUUUGAUAACACUUAUUGCUGCAGGUAUUUCUACUGUACUUCAUUUUCCCUUGAGGGGAAACGUAAUCAGCGGCAAUGCAGAAAAUUGAUGUCUCCGUUUCCAGAGACACCAAACAAAUUCACAUUUGUUGAAGAAGUUGAUCAAUAGCUUGUCCUCUUACAUCAUUCCAUUGGAUACUGCCUUGGGAUUUAAUAGUUUAUACGGGGCAAGACGUUUUCCAAACAACAACAGGGCACAUAAACAGGAGUUAGUUAUAUUGCUGAGCAGUUGUGCAGCCUGCAGCUCACUGACUGGACCUUCUUGUUUUAGUUACCCCUGUAAUAUUUCAAACUGAUCAAAAAGAACACACGUUUAAUAACUAUGGUAGAAAAAUACUUACCGUAUAGAGUAUUAAAUAUGGGGGUUUAUUACAUAACGAUCCUAGGGACUGUACCUUCGAUAUCUAAAAGUGCAAUUGAUGACGUUUAAGUUUUUGCUGUACAAAACUCUGGUUUCCACCUAUGAAUCAAUCGUGCAUCAGAAGUAGUUUGUUACUGAUAAAAAUGAUUCUGUAACUCUGCAUUUCAUCUACAUUUCAUUUCUUAAGAGUGCUUUAAAUGAAGAGCAGCCCAGUCUUUGCUGUCUUACUCAAUGUAUGACUUGUGUGAGGGAUGCAUUUUUUAAAUGUACUGUUCUUUAAAUCGGUCAGUAUUUUAUUUUUGACUUUGGUUGCUUACGAUCACGCUGUUUGAUUACUGGAAAACCGACAUGUAAUUCUGACAUUCAGCAGAACAACAGCACAAGAGUAGGUGAGAAUUAUACAACAUCUUCGACAUGUGCUGAUGAAAUUUGUAUUUUCUGACGGUGAACACCUGUCAAAAAUGUCAUAUACAAUAAAUACAUUUACACCUCU